AUGACGGUCACCGGGCGGAACUCGGGCGCUCCGCCGCUGGUGCGGACACUGGUGCCGACAGCGGUGCUGGUGCUAAUCAUCACCAGCGGACUCAUCAGCGCCGAGAGCAGCGAGCCGCGCGUGGUGCAGCUGCCGGGAAACGUGACUUUCGGCGGCCUGUUCCCGAUGCACGAGCAGCGUAGCAGCGACGGCCAGGCCACCUGUGGCAAGAUCAAGGAGGAGAAGGGCAUCCAGCGUCUGGAGGCCAUGCUCUGGGCCGUGGACGAGAUCAACCGCGACCCGCGCCUGCUGCCGGGCAUCGAGAUCGGGGUGCGCAUCCUGGAUACGUGCAGCAGCGGCACGUACGCCCUGGAGCAGUCGAUGGAGUUCGUCAGGAGCAAUAUGAACCAG